AUGUAUGAUGCUCGGCACGAGCAUACAAAUGAGUACACGCAAAAGCUGGUGGGAGAACGUGGCAACUUGUUCUUAAAGCGGAAUUUGAUGGUGGGGCUGGAGUUGAAGCUCAAACACAGACUAGCGGCCAAGUCUGUCGUAUCGACAGAGUUUCUAAGCCGUCUGCGUAAAAAAGGUCAACAAACGCACGAGGAGGCAGUUAGUUACAAGGCAGUAUGUCGUGGACCGACCGAACGCAAGAACUGCAUUGUACCAAGCGACGCGGAUCCCGAAAGUAUUGGUCGGGUCCCGAGCGCUGUUGCCUAUGAGGACUGUAUUUUUAACACGAGUUCAAGCAAUGCUCACCAGCUGAUUCACAAUCUACAGCUAGACGAUCAGCAAAUUGGUAUAACAUUUCGGAUGAUAAUGGAGGCCGAAAAAUGUAAUUGUGUGCCCCAGAGUGCGCAGAAUUAA